CACGAAAAAUAUAUAUUUAUUUUUUAAGCCCCGUCUCUCUUUCUCUCUCGCUCAGUCCCUCUCCCUCUUUGUCCUAUACCGUAAUCCAUGGCCAAGGCCAAAGCUCCGAGGCGCACUCUCGACUCCUACACAGUCAAGUCCAUCAACAAAACCAUCCGAGCCGGCGACUGCGUCCUGAUGCGGCCGUCGGAUCCCUCGAAGCCUUCCUACGUCGCGAGGGUCGAGCGGAUCGAGUCGGACGGCCGCGGGACCAACGUCAAGGUGCACGUGAGGUGGUAUUACCGGCCCGAGGAGUCAAUCGGGGGGAGGAGGCAGUUUCACGGCUCGAAGGAAGUGUUCCUCUCCGAUCACUACGAUAUACAGAGCGCCGACACGAUCGAAGCCAAGUGCACGGUGCACACCUUCAAGAGCUACACCAAGCUCGACGCCGUCGGGAAUGAGGACUUCUUUUGCCGUUUCGAGUAUAAUUCAUCUACUGGAGCGUUUAAUCCCGACAGAGUAGCCGUGUAUUGCAAGUGUGAAAUGCCUUAUAAUCCAGACGAUCUUAUGGUUCAGUGUGAGGGCUGUACUGAUUGGGAUUGGAAAGUGGACUUCGUAUAAAGAACGAUAAAUCUACCUUUCUUUUUUUUUUUUUUUGGUGUGUCUGGAAUGGAAUGUUACUGAAAGGUCUUGCAUAUCCUUGGGCAGGUUGUGUUGGAACCAGUCAAGUAUCAGUUCAUUGGAAAUGUAUUCCUCUUUGGUGAGAAGACAAUUGUUAGAAAAUCUAGUUAUGCUAUAACAAUGCAAAAGACUUUUAAGAGUAGGAGACUAUCAUAAUGAUUGGGUAUUACAGGUGCCACCUGACCUGGUUAUAAGGUCUCAUUUAUGCCGUUUGUCAAUCAUCUAGAUCGAUAACCUAAUAAAGCACACCUCCCAAGGCAUAAAAGGGAAUUGACAUUUUGGUGGGAUCUAUAUACGGGCUAUAUUUCAGACGCAUUUCCAUGAAGCUUCAGGGUUAUUUCAUGGAUCAUAGCACUUUGAUUUUUUUUUUUUUUUGGGUGAAAAAGGGUGCAAGGUGAGAUUACAAAACCAGCAUGUACUAACAGAAAAUCCUACUUUGUCUCCUAAGCAUAAGACAUUUUUUGCGGCA